AGUGUUCAGGAGUAUCAGCUUGAGGUCGGCAGGGGGGGCAUCGCCUCCCAGGUGUCACUGGGUCACACUUCAAGAUACGCACGCAGCUCACAAAGAGAAUGAUUCAGACUAAGACUAACAGAAACAAACGCAUGAUAAAACAAUCCUUACAGCAACUAUAGAAGUAAUCAUAUACUUUUAUCAUGAUAACUAAAAUAGUAAUAAAUUCCUUUUGUUCCUUGUUUAAUCAUUCUGGAAUACAAAAUGUGUAGAAUCUGAAAUAUAUUAAAAGAUAACCUAACCAUUCAUUUUAUAUUUGUUAAUAUUUUGCAGGUAAAUUUCGCAAGCUAGAGACUUGGGUCAGAAUUACUCACCGUCGCGCCAUAACAUCAUGUCAGAACAAUGGAGUUUAAUUCAUUUGCUGCUUUUUUCACAUUCAAAAGGAGGCACCCUUCAUCUCUCCUUGCCUUGUGUUGUAUUUCAUCAAAGGAAUUAGGCAUCUUUUCCUGACUUCCUGGGUCUGGCCCCACUAUGGCCCGAUGUUCUUCAGUACUUCAUCUGUCUCACUUGGGUUUGAGACUUUGUGCACCUCUUUCCACUCAUUUUCCAUCAAAUUCACAUAUAUUUGUUGCAAACACUUACUCCACCAACAUCAAGGUACGUUCCUACUUUAAGUACAUUAAGCAAAAGAUUCUAUCUCCUCCCAGUCCUCCGUUCAAUCACGUGUGUCAGGUAGGGGACCCAGUGCUGCGAUCAAGAGCUGUAGCAGUUGACCCUGCAGCUAUUAAAGGGCCUGAGGUCCAGAAGGUAAUAAACACUAUGGUCAAAGUCAUGCGUAAAUUUGAGUGUGUUGGAAUUAGUGCUCCUCAGAUUGGGGUGCCACUUCGAAUCCUGGCCCUAGAGUAUCCUCAGAAGAUGUUGGCUGAGCAUUCAUCUAUAUCUAGGAAAGUUCAUGGACUCACCAUUCAACCACUGAGAAUAUUUGUCAACCCAGAGCUAAGAGUGUUAGAUUGGCAGACAGUGCUUUUUCAAGAGGCCUGUGAGAGCAUCUCUGGCUUUUCUGCUACAGUUCCACGUUACCUAUCUGUGGAAGUAUCUGGUACAGCAUUCAAGUUCUAAAUGAGUUAAAUUUUGUAGUAAGAAUAAUCUAAUGGG